GGUACCUAUAUCAUCAGCGGCGUCGUCUGCCUCUCCAGCCUCCCUCCUCCUUGUCACCGCCCCGCCAUUUUAUCCGCUUCCAUCCUCGCCUCCCGCGUCUUCUCGGUAUCCUUCAUCCUCCCAUCCUUCCCCGCACAGCCCCGAGACCGUGCUGACCCCACCACCACCACCACCACCACCACUACCACCCUAACACAACACUACCACACACAUACACCAACCAGCCUGCCAGCCCGACCCAGCCUGUGACCCAGCCUGCCCUCCCCACCACCACCACCACCACCACUACCACCACCACCACCACCACCACCACCCUUCAGUAUGGCCACGCUAGAUGUGAAGAAUGACGGGCCCGCUGCCUCACUCUCCAUGAGACUCCUGAUGCAGGGAAAGGAGGUCGGAAGCAUCAUUGGAAAGAAAGGAGAGAUAGUCAAGAGAUUUAGAGAGCAGUCCGGUGCAAAGAUCAACAUUAGCGAUGGGUCCUGCCCCGAGAGGAUCGUCACCGUUACUGGCAACACUGACAGCAUCUUCGCCGCCUUCAAACUCAUCUGUGCCAAGUUUGAGGAGUUCCUGGGUCAGAUGUACCAGAACAACGGCAGCGGCGGCGGAGGUCAGCAGCGGCCGCCCAUCACUCUGCGCCUGAUCGUGCCGGCGUCCCAGUGCGGCUCGCUCAUCGGCAAGGCGGGCAGCAAGAUCAAGGAAAUCCGCGAGGUGACGGGCGCCUCCAUCCAGGUGGCCUCCGAGAUGCUGCCAAACUCCACCGAGCGGGCCGUCACCGUCUCCGGCACCUCCGACGCCAUCACCCAGUGCAUCUACAAUAUUUGCUGCGUCAUGCUGGAGUCCCCCCCCAAGGGCGCCACCAUCCCGUACCGGCCCAAGCCCCAGGUGGCGGGCGGGCCGGUCAUCCUCGCCGGGGGCCAGGCCUACACCAUCCAGGGGAACUAUGCCGUGCCCUCUGCCCCUGACGUGAGUACCGUUCCGUUUGUUCCCCCCCCGCCGCCGCCGCCCCUCGGAGGCCCCCCGUUCAUGGCCGCAGCCCCCCUCAGCCCCCUCCUGCCCCCCUGCCCCGUCUCCACCGCCGCCGCAGCUGCCUCCCCCGGCCCCGCCCCGCACCACGUGAUGGCCGCGGCGCCGGCACAGUGCCACACGCACCACCUGCAGCUGGCCAGCCCCGGCCACCCCCCGGGGCACCCCCAUGGGCCUCCCCCGGGGCACCCCCCAGACCACCUCAAGAACGGACACAUUGGGCUGGUGCCGCCGCCGCCGCCCCUCCACCACUUCCCCGAUAUGAGCAAGCUGGGCAACAACUCCCCCCUGGCCGGCCUCCUGGGAUUGGGCACGCUGGCCGGAGCUAACCCAGGCGGCGGAGUGAACCCACACGCUGGCAACACUGCUGAUGCGCUGGCAGCCCUGGCAAGCUCACAGCUGCGCACCCCUGCAGGCUCUGGACCCGGGACCCAGACCCACGAGAUGACAGUGCCCAACGAGCUCAUCGGAUGCAUCAUCGGCAAGGGCGGCACCAAGAUCGCUGAGAUUAGGCAGAUCACUGGGGCCAUGAUCACUAUUAGCAAGUAUGAUGACGGGUCCGAGGAGGCAAGCAAGCAAGACAGGACCAUUAGCAUCAAGGGCAAUGCCGACCAAGUGGCCCUCGCUCAGUACCUCAUCAACACCAGCAUGGAACUGCACAAGGCGCAGCUGGAAGUAAGUAAGGGCGGCUCGGCCUCGGGCGGCUCCGGCGGCCUGAGCCCCAGUGCCAUCCCGCUGGCCCAGCUGCUCAAGAACCCCCAGGCCCUCAACGCCCUCUCCUCCCUCACCGGCCUGCAGGGCCUCACCUCCCUCACCUCCCUGCUCGCCCCCGAGUCCUCCCAGGGCCUGGCCGGGCUGGCCGCCGCCGGCCGCCACGGCAAGGCCUACCAGCCCAAGCUGCGCGCCGCCGCCUCCGUGCAGCAGCCCGCGAACGGCUCCCCCAAGGAGAACAAACGCAGCAAGUUCGCUCCCUACUAGACCCCCUACCUCCUCCACCUCCACCUCCACACCACCACCACCACCACCACACCCAUCCCCGCCACCACCACCACCACCACCUUCUCCUCCCCCCGCCCCCAGGGCCUCCCAACACCACUCAGAUCUGAAUACUUUAGCGAGUCUCAGCCGUGCCCUGCGGGGCGGGGCGGGGCCAGGCAGCCUGGCCACGGCUCGCCCCGCCCCGGGGGGCGUGGGGCAGGGUAGCGGGUCGGUGGGUCGAUGUGUUGGUCGGGCAGCCGCCGCGUCCUGCUGCUGCUGCUGCUGCUGCUGCCGCUCUUGUUGUCCGUGGCCGCCGCGGCCCAGCCCCCACCACCACCACCACCACCUCCACUUCCAGUCCUCCACCUCCAGUCCUCCACCACCACCACCACCACC